AAAACAUCGCACGGUUGCAUGACAUUACGCCAUACCCGGGUGGGUACUGCACUCUAUCGCGUCUUCAGGCUAAUUCCAGCACGGCCGAUCCCCGCCUGGCCGAGAAACACUUUCCGUCGCUCUGCACAACCUCGCAAUCAUUGCAUACCUGCCUUACCUGACUGGCAGCCCUCCGCUGAUGGAAGUAACGGGUGCGCACAGAAGCGGUGAAUAACUGAAUCAAUCCCAGUAUGGCAGCUGAUCGCAAUGGCCAAUAUGCCGCCGCUACCGUCGUUGAUGCUACUGCUGCCGAGGCCGAGAGGAGGCCGCUCUUGCCUGGCGGCACAACUGGAGAACAAUUAAGCCGUGAGGAAUAUCAGGCUGCGAGCGAGGGUGGGCAUCGCGCUGGUCAACGUGACGACGAGGAAAGCAUCAAGCUGGGCGCAGGGGCGGGGACCUUUACGCGCAACCUUGGCGCGGUCGAGGCAUUUGCCAUCGUCAUAAGCAUCGUGAUCGGCAGCGGUGUGUUUACCUCGCCCGGGUCGAUCGACACCAACGUGCCAUCGCCAGGCGCGGCGCUGCUCGUCUGGUUCGUGGGCGGCGUGCUGGCCUGGACAGGGGCAAGCACCAUGGCAGAACUGGGGACGGCAAUACCAGGGGAAGGCGGAGUACAACCUUAUCUCAAGUACAUGUUCGGGGACGUGUUCGGCUUCCUGGCUGCUUGGACCUGGGUAGUGGCCGUGAUGCCAGCCACGCUGGCGAUAUUGAGCAUCGUCUUCAUUGAGAGCAUCUACUCCGCCGCGGGUGUGACAGGCCAAGGCGACAAGAUCGAACACAAGCUGCUCUCAGUUCUCGUGCUGACGUGCAUUGGUAUGGCGAACUCGAUCAGCACCAAAGCUAGCACGCGCUUGAAUAGCUUCUUCGUGGUCUCCAAGUUCGUCACCAUCGCCGCGAUUGUCUUGGCGGGCGUUGUAGUCAUUGCCCUUCAACUCGCCGAUACAGACAGAGUCAUUGGCGGCGGCGACUGGAGCAGAAAGCCAUGGUUUGGGUACAGGGAGAGCGUCAACCCCGAUGGGAGCAUUACCCAUUGGGACGGGAUGGGUCAGUGGGUGAUUCUUGGUCACUUGUCGGCUGCCCUGUAUGCGGCACUGUGGGCAUAUUCCGGAUGGGACAAGGCCAUUUACGUCUCAGCAGAACUUUCGGCGCCUGCCCGUCAGCUUCCCCUAGCCAUCAACACCUCCAUCCCUACCAUCAUUCUCUGCUUCAUAACGGCCAACGCAGCCUACUACAUUCUGCUGCCCUGGGAUGUCGUAUCCACCACGGACAGCGUGGCCGUGACUGCUAUCACUCGCCUCCUCGGCCAAGCCUUUGGGAUUGUUGCCGCCGUCCUCAUUUGCCUGGUCGUUGCGGGCUCAUUACUCGGCAAUUCUUUCGUCGCUGGCCGCAUGGCCGUUGCUGCAGCAAACCAGAAUUGGCUUCCAAGCCCGCUUAGUGUCCUCGGCCGUGUCGGAUACCAACCAGACCGCGGCUUGCCGGUAUCUCUUGACGCUCAGGAAACUAGUGGGUCGGAUGCCCCUAUCAACGCCAUCAUUCUAUCUACGAUACUCUCAGCAGUCUAUAUCUUACUCGGGAACUUCCGCGCACUUUUGACAUUCAACGGCCUGGGGGAGUACACGUUUUUCUUCCUGACGGUCCUCGGAGCGAUAGUGCUGCGGUACCGUGAACCCGAGCUUGAGAGGCCGUACAAACCAUCUGUCCUAAUACCGAUCAUCUUCGCUCUGGUCAGUGGGUUCGUUGUCGUCCGGGGAGCCGUGUUUGCCCCCCAGCAGACGUUUGUACUAGCCGGGCUUUGGGUUUUGGGUUUGGCAUUUUACAGGAUACGAAUGCGCUAUCAGAGGCGAGCACUAGACUAAUGUCUGCAGCUCUGUCUGGUUCCUUUUGGUUCGAGUUUUUACGUUGUCACGGCAUUAUAGGAGCGGGCAACAAUCAGUGAUGCCAGGAGACCUGAUUUCAAAGUCUGAGAUUCUGAGACAAACUAUAUUGAUGGCAUCAUGGCCAGAAUAUGUG